UGAUUUAUUGUGCCCUGUUCACGCUGUCUUUUGCUAUAAAAUAAUCUACCCGAAUUAGUCAACCAAAUUCUGCCAAAACUGCGUUCCUGAAUACGUGAAGUUACGUUCUAAGGUUUAUAACAUACUAGUCGGACGUACAACAUGAAAGCAUUGAUAAUUAUAUUAAUCGUCUGCUUGGUUUUUGUUAAUGUUUGUGAUAGCAAGAAAAACAAAGGAAGAAAGAAAUCGAAAUGUGACAAAAAUGACGGCCCGGUUUGUGGAAAAGAUGGAAAAUCGUACAAAAACGAAUGCAAGGCAACCAAGAAAGGGGUAGCGAUAGCAUGCAAUAAGACCUGUCCAUGCGGUCCUUGUAUAUGCACGGCCGAUUACAGCCCGGUCUGUGGCAGAGACGGGAAGACCUAUAGCAACAGCUGUAAUGCAAAGUGCUCAGGCCAAAAGGUUAAAUGCGAGGGCGAGUGUCCUUGUCGAAAGAAGAAGACCUGUGAUAGAUGCUUGAAGAAGAAACAGAAAGAAGUUUGUGGAAAAGACGGCAAAACCUACGUGAACAAAUGUUUGGCGAAAUGCAGUGGCCAGUCCAUUGAAUGUAAAGGCCAAUGUCCUUGUCCAGUUUGCGACUGCUCCAAACCACGGACUGUAUGCCAAACAAACGGCAACUCUUUUCCUGGAGUCAAAUGCUACGACCCCUGCAGGAAGCAAUGCAAAAAGAUUUGGAAGAAGGCCAAGAAAAGCAAGAAACCUAACAAAAAGCCCGGAUCUCGUCGACCCUCAAAGAGGUGUAGAUGUAAAAAGAACAGAGUUCCCGUAUGUGGCGCAGACGGAAAAACAUACGGAAAUAGCUGUAUGGCCAGAUGCAAACGUGUGAAAAUCGUUAGCAGAGGAGAGUGUCCAGAGCUUUGCGCAUGCCCAUUGAAUUAUUUUCCAAUUUGUGGGUCGAAUAACAAAACUUAUGACAACGAAUGCUCUGCGAAGUGCGAAAAACAGUCCGUUCUCUGCAACGGCCAGUGUCCUUGUCAAGAAUUAAAACCCUGUCCCCGAAUCAUUCUACAAGUCUGUGGAACAAACGGAGUAACAUAUGACAAUGACUGUCUGGCAAGUCAAGCAGGCCAGUCCGUGGCUUGUAUGGGGGAGUGUCCGUGUAACGAUAAUCUGGUGCCUUGCCCCAGGAUCAUGAACAAAGUCUGUGGAACGGAUAACAACACAUACAACAACGACUGCCUGGCCAAACAAGCUGGACAAACCAUAGAGUGUACGGGUGAAUGUCCCUGCCCCAGUUCUCUGCUGCCGUGCCCCCGUAUUAUGAACCCUGUCUGUGGUACCGAUGGUCAAACGUACAACAACGACUGCCUAGCAAGACAAGCUGGACAAACAAUAAGUUGUCUAACAGCGUGCCCGUGCGCAGAGGAAACCUUGACUCCAUGUCCCAGAAUAAUGAACAAAGUGUGUGCAGCCGACGGACAGACAUACAACAAUGAUUGUUUGGCCAGGCAGGCAGGCCAGGUGGUGUCUUGUAAUGGAGAUUGUCCCUGCAAAGGAACAGAUAACCUUCAGCCUUGUCCAAGAAUCAUGUUACCCGUAUGCGGAGAGAACGGGCAAACAUACGACAACCAAUGCCUUCUGGAGCAAGCGGGCCAAACACUUUCUUGUUCCGGGGAGUGCCCAUGCAGUGUCACGGGCGGUCUGCGUCCAUGUCCGAGAAUCUAUAAUCCUGUGUGUGGCUCCGAUGGGAAAACCUACAACAACGAUUGUCUAGCUAAACAAGGAGGUGUGCAGGUGCUCCAAGAAGGACGAUGUCCAUGUCUCUGUCAGCUGAUCAGUAAGCCGGUUUGCGGAGAGGACAAUACUACGUACGAUAAUGCCUGCAGCGCCCGGUGCAGUGGUGUGACGGUCGCCUGUGAGGGUCAGUGUCCCUGUCAACGAACCCAGAGGGUCUGUACUAGGGAAUACAACCCAGUAUGCGGAUCAGACGGACAGACCUACAGUAACAAAUGUACUGCUGAAUUACUGGGUCAGACAGUGAGAUGCGACGGGAGCUGUCCGUGUAGAGACGGCCUUACUCUCUGCCCAAGGAUCAUGCUCCCGGUGUGUGGUGCGGAUGGCAGGACGUACAAUAACAGAUGUCUGAUGGAGCAGGCAGGUCAGACCCUGGGCUGUGAGGGAGAGUGCCCGUGUACCGCCAAGGGGAACCUCCGUCCCUGCCCCCGAAUCUAUAACCCGGUGUGUGGCUCGGACGGCAAAACCUACAAUAAUAGAUGUCUUGCACAACAAAGCGGUGUUCAAGUGGCUCAAGACGGUAGAUGCCCUUGUAUAUGUCAGGAGAUAUACAGCCCAGUCUGUGGCUCUGAUGAUAGAACGUACGACAACGCAUGUAACGCUGGAUGCAGUGGUGCGACGGUUGCUUGUGAGGGUCAGUGCCCCUGUCAAACAUCUUUGAAGGCCUGUACCAGAGAAUACAACCCCGUAUGUGGGUCAGAUGGACAGACUUACAGCAAUAAAUGCAACGCCGAAGCUGCAAACGCAGAAAUUGAAUGUAACGGGACCUGUCCAUGUAGAAAACCUUGCAUCUGUCCAUUCAUACUAAGACCAGUUUGUGGUAAAGAUGGAGUGAGUUACGACAACGAAUGUGGAGCAAGAUGCGCUUCUCAGACAGUCGAGUGUGAGGGACAGUGUCCUUGCAAAAAAGCAUGUGCCUGCCCAUUGAUAUAUCUGCCUGUAUGUGGAAUGAACGGGAAAACGUACGACAAUGAAUGCUCGGCAGAAUGCGAUGGCACUGUAAAACAGUGUUCGGGGUCCUGUCCGUGCCCCGAGUCAAAACCAUGCCUUUGUCCUCGCAACCUUGACCCAGUUUGUGGAAGCGAUGGCGUCACUUAUGGGAACGAAUGUCAAGCUCGUUGCUCGAAGCAAUCCGUUGCCUGUAAAGGAGACUGUCCUUGUGCUAUUGUAUCUUAAACAUACCCGGUAUAAUUGUAUCCGCAUAUAUACUUCAAAGAGAGCCGUAAACUGAAUUAUUAAGCGAAAAUGACUACAGCCACCGUUCUAUCGCAUCACGUUUUAGGAUUAUGUCCAAUUUAGUUCCUCAUUAACCUAAGCUUUAUUGUUCUUUCAUCGUUAUUUGUUUUAUGUCUUCCAUAACAAUGUCUGUAUAAAGCAAUUCAAUACACUGUACUGCGCAUCAGCUAUCAUAUUACAUUGUAAAAUGCAAAACAGAAUAGAACAGAAUACUGUAGCUUUAUUAUGCACAAAUCUUUAUAAAUGAUGUUGGAACAAUAUUUUUUUUUCAUUUAGAGCUUGUUUUCAAAACUCUUGUUUAAGUGAACAAUAUAAUUCCAAAUUUGGUUUAUAGAAGGCUAGUUAUUAAGAGAAGUGAAACUGAAGAUCAUUAGUCUUGUACAUGAUACCAAUGCAAGUUUAAUCCCAAGAAGCAUAUUUAAAUACAAAAAUUGGCAAUGUAAAUGUCCUAUCAUGAGAUAAUCAAAAUACAUUAUAAAACCAUUUGCUACAUUAGAAAUAGCAGAGAAAUAUAAUUCUUAUCUGUAAAAUGGAGCAAGAGAAAGUUUGAAAUUCUGUUGACUCUGUUGAAUUCUAUAUGCAGUCUAAUCAAAAGUCCUGUGUUGUUUUGGCGUGUUAGGAUCGUUUUAUUUUUCAUGUCCAUCAAUCACUCAAGCAGAACGAUUUUAUGUCAUCCAUUGUGCAUUGGUUUAAGCAACAACGGCAAAAUAAAUCGUUUUUGAAUUCUU